GGAAGUGCCGUCGCACUCGCAGGGGGCCAGAGACAGUCGCCGCAGCACGAGCGCCGGCCGGGUGCACGCGGUCCCCGCUUGGCCCCUGCGUCCGGCUUCUCCAGACUCUCGGGGGACCCUUGGCAUAAGCCCGGUUGGUCCCGGGCUUAUGACACGAGCACAGCCAUGUCUGGGAAGGGCGACGCAGCCGCCACGGCGGACAAAAACGGGGCCAAGAUGAGAGUCAUUCGCGUGGGUACCCGCAAGAGUCAGCUUGCUCGCAUCCAGACGGACAGCGUGGUGGCCACAUUGACCGCCUUAUAUCCUGGCCUGCAGUUUGAAAUCAUUGGGAUGUCUACUACAGGGGACAAGAUUCUUGAUACUGCCCUGUCCAAGAUUGGAGAGAAGAGUUUGUUUACCAAGGAGCUGGAACACGCGCUGGAGAGGAAUGAGGUGGACCUGGUCGUGCAUUCACUGAAGGACCUGCCCACCAUCCUCCCGCCUGGCUUCACCAUUGGAGCCAUCUGCAAGCGGGAGAACCCCUAUGAUGCUGUUGUCUUUCACCCCAAAUUUGUUGGGAAAACGCUAGAAACCUUACCAGAGAAGAGUGUGGUGGGGACCAGCUCCCUGCGCAGAGCUGCCCAGCUGCAGAGAAAGUUUCCACAUCUGGAGUUCAAGAGCAUUCGGGGAAACCUCAACACACGGCUUCGGAAGCUGGAUGAGCAUCAGGAGUUUGCUGCCAUUAUCCUGGCUGCAGCAGGACUGCAGCGCAUGGGCUGGCACAACAGAAUAGGCCAGAUCCUGCACCCUGAGGAAUGCAUGUAUGCUGUGGGUCAGGGAGCUCUGGGCGUGGAAGUCCGAGCCAAGGACCAGGACAUCUUGGACUUGGUGGGCGUCUUGCAUGAUCCAGAGACUCUGCUUUGUUGCAUCGCCGAGAGGGCCUUCCUAAAACAGCUGGAAGGAGGCUGUAGCGUGCCAGUAGCAGUGCAUACAGCUCUGAAGGACGGGCAGCUCUACCUGACCGGCGGAGUCUGGAGUCUGGAUGGUGCAGAUAGCAUGCAGGAGACCAUGCAGGCCACUGUCCACGCCCCUGCCCAGCAUGAAGAAGGCCCGGAGGAUGACCCACAGCUGGUGGGCAUCACCGCCAGGAACGUUCCCCGAGGAGCCCAGCUUGCGGCUGCGAACCUGGGCACUAACCUGGCCAAUUUGUUGCUGAACAAAGGAGCCAAGAACAUCCUGGAUAUUGCCCGGCAGCUUAACGCUGCUCGCUAGGUGGUG